UGCUUAGAUGCUUUUCAUUUUUCUACUUGUAUACUACUCAUUUGCUUUAUUGUAUUGUUUAUCUUCUCUUUUGGCAUAUCCCUGUUCCUUCAUAUGAAGUAAACCCACAAAAAUUGAAAUAUGCUUAUUGUUAAAAUUGAAUUGAAGCUUAGGUUAAUGGAGUACAAACCAGAAAAUUAAAACUUCAAUUUUUGAUUCAGAUUACGAUCAUCUCUAUGCUGUUUUCAUGAUUUAGAUGCUUGUUUUGUUCGCCCCCAUUCAAGCGGAAAAGCUGUAGAUAAUGAUCUGUAAAGUUUAAUAUUUUGACUGUGAAUCCAAAAAAAAUUCAAAUGGCAUCUGUUGGCAAUGGUGAACAUCCUGGUAUUGUUGAGGAACCUAUGAGCAAGGCUCAUGUACCUCUGAAUGUUUCAACAUCUCAAAGGGGACUUGUAAGUAAUGAAAAUUCUCAGAGCCAUUUCCAGGAUAGUACUCUUGCUAUUCCCAAGAGGCUAAAGUUCCUCAACUUUGGUAAUUUGGGUUCUCCAUCGUUAAAGUUUCAACAGAUAGCUGAUCAAAGAGAUGAUUUUUCUCGAACUGUACCUUCUUCUAGCAGCCUUCAUCUCCGUCAACGUAUUACUAGACUAUUUUCACGGAAAUUGGAUUGGCCAGCUCUUAGGAAAAUGUGCAAAGAGUGGUUCAGAAAUCCGCUGAAUAUUGUACUUUUUAUCUGGAUUGUAUGUGUAGCUGUUUCUGGUGCAAUUUUGUUUCUUGUGAUGACGGGGAUGUUGAACCAUGCCAUCCCUAAAAAAUCUAUGAGAGAUACAUGGUUUGAAGUGAAUAACCAAAUUCUUAAUGCAUUGUUUACUCUCAUGUGUCUAUACCAGCACCCACAAAGGCUAUAUCACUUUGUUCUUUUAAUGCGAUGGAGGCCAGAAGACAUUUCCAGGCUGAGAAAGGUUUACUGCAAAAAUGGAACUUAUAAGCCCCAUGAAUGGACACACAUGAUGGUGGUUGUCGCAUUACUUAAUCUCAACUGUUUUGCUCAAUAUGCUCUGUGUGGGCUUAAUUUGGGUUACAAGAGGUCAGUAAGACCAGCUAUUGGGGUAGGAAUAUGUAUCUCAGUUGCAAUUGGUGCACCUGCCAUUGCUGGAAUUUACUGUAUGCUCAGCCCUCUAGGAAAAGAUUAUGAUACUGAGUUAGACGAGGAAGCACAACUUCGAACAACAGCCGAGAGCAGCAGUGCUAGCCAACUGAGAAGAAAAGCAUUGGAAAAGAGAUUUUCUUUUGCAUCAGAUGAAGGGAGACUUGUUGAAACUAGACCACAAUGGAGUGGAGGCAUUCUUGAUUUUUGGGAUGAUAUUUCUUUGGCAUAUCUCUCUUUGUUCUGCAGUUUUUGUGUUUUUGGUUGGAAUAUGGAGAGACUUGGGUUUGGAAAUAUGUAUGUUCAUAUUGCAACUUUUCUUCUGUUCUGUAUGGCUCCUUUCUGGAUCUUCAAUUUGGCUGCUGUUAAUAUUGACAGCGAUACUGUCAGGGGGAUAUUAGGAGUUACUGGGAUUUUUCUUUGUCUGUUUGGGUUACUGUACGGUGGCUUUUGGAGGAUUCAGAUGAGAAAAAGAUACAAUUUGCCUCCUUACAAUACUUGUUGUGGUAAACCUUCUGUUGCUGACUGUGCACUAUGGCUUUUCUGCUGUUGGUGCUCUCUUGCUCAGGAAGUAAGGACCGGAAAUUCCUAUGACAUCGUGGAAGAUAAAUUUUGUAGGAAACUAGAUGAAAGUAUGUCACCAUUGCCUCGUGAGGAUGGGCUAUAUAAUACUUCAGGUCCUCCUCUUGCAAACAACUCCUCUUCACUUCCAAUUAUAAAAAGCAGAACCCCAAACCCCAGCAGAUUUGCAGAUGAAGUUCAUAAUCAUGAUAGACAGCAACCCUUCGUGGAAGAUGAGUCUCAUACAAGAGGUCAAAAUGCGAUAACAGUACCACCUACUCCUUCAGUUAUACAAAGAGAAGAUGCGUAGCAAAACAGUUUUGCCGUGUUGUGACAACCUGAACCAUAAAUUGUAAGCUUGCCUGCCCAAUUUUCAUUUUAGCUAUAGGUAUUUUGUAUUUCUACAUUUUAAAUAUGUUGUACAAGUGUUGGUUGUGAUCAUCAUGUUUAAAUAUUAUUCUCUUUAAUAUUGUUGCAGUACUCUGUUUCUUUGACGUUUUUA